UUUUCCCAAUACAAUUCCAACUCUUCUUAAGUGACAUCUAUAACUAGGAGGAUACUGUAGGUCUGCGGUGAAGCGGUUAUGAACCAACUGAAACAAAUUCAUGCUCAAGCCCUAGUAAACAACAUAGAUCAAACCAAAUUCCUCAUAUUGAAACUCCUUCAAAUCCCUAACAUUUCUUAUGCCCAAACUCUGUUUGAUUAUAUUCCUAAACCAAGUUCUUAUCUUUACAAUAAACUAAUCCACGCGUACUGUAUUCAUGGCUUCCCACAAAAAUGCUUCUCACUCUACUCUCAAAUGUGCUUCAGUGGCUGCCCACCAAAUCCGUACACUUUUACAUUCCUUUUUGCCGCAUGUGCGUCUCUUUCUUCCUCGGAAAGUGGCUUAAUGUUCCAUGCCCAGUUUCUCAAAUUGGGUUUUCAUUAUGAUACCUUUGCGUCAACUGCUUUAGUUGAUAUGUACUCGAAAACAGGUCAUUUACGUAAUGCACGUAAAGUUUUCGAUGAAAUGAAAGAUAAGGAUUCACCUGCUUGGAAUUCGAUAAUAUCGGGGUAUACAAGAAAUGGGGAUUUAGUUGGAGCCAGAGAAUUGUUUGAGUCCAUGCCGUCAAGGAAUGUGGUUUCUUGGACUGCAAUUAUUUCAGGGUAUUCGAAAAAUGGACUGUAUGAUAAUGCACUUGAAAUGUAUUUGAGAAUGGAAGGGGAGAAUGGGGUUCCGCCCAAUGAGGUGACAAUUGCUAGUGUUCUUCCAGCUUGUGCUAAUCUUGGGGCUUCAGAGAUUGGAGAAAGAAUCGAAACUUACGCUAGGGGGAAGAGGUUCUUAAGGAAUAUAUAUGUCAGUAAUGCUUUGUUGGAGAUGUAUGCGAAGUGUGGGAAGAUCGAUGCAGCGAGACGAAUUUUUGAUGAGAUCGGCAGUAAGAGAGACUUGUGUACUUGGAAUUCAAUGAUCAUGUGCAUGGCUGUCCAUGGGAGAUCGAUGGAAGGGCUGGAACUUUUUCAUGAAAUGGUGCGAGGAGGGACGGCCCCAGAUGAUGUAACAUUUGUAGGGGUUCUUCUUGCAUGCACUCAUGAUGGUCUAGUUGAAGAAGCUUAUCAGUUCUUUAAAUCAAUGAAAAAAGAUUUUUCCAUCACGCCCAAGCUAGAACAUUACAGUUGCAUCGUUGAUCUCUUAGGUCGAGCUGGAAAACUAAAGGAAGCUUAUGAUCUCAUAAACAAGAUGCCAGUGAAGCCUGAUUCAGUCGUAUGGGGAGCUUUGUUGGGUGCUUGUAGUUUCUAUGGAAACGUUGAACUUGCAGAAAAAGCAGUGAACUCCCUUCUUGAACUUGAACCACAGAACCCAGGGGUUUAUGUGAUACUUUCCAACAUCUAUGCAUCAGCAGGUAGAUGGGAUGGAGUUGCUAGGGCAAGGAAGUUGAUGAAAGGCAAUCAAAUAACAAAGAUUGCCGGUCACAGUAUCAUUGAAGUCGAUGGAAAUGUUCAUAAGUUUAUUGUGGAAGAUAAAUCACAUCCAAAUUCUGUUGGCAUAUAUUUAGUAUUGCAUGAAGUUUCUUCAAAUAUGAAACUUUUUGGUUCUGCGGGGGAUUUAGAACUUGAGAAUCACACUCAUUAGACUGUUGUUCUCCCAGCUUAAUAAUGGGAAAUUUUCAGUCUAUAAAACACCACUAUUGUGGGAAAAU